GCUUCGGAUUUCAUUACAAACUACCCCGAGAUGCCUUCUGCCAGAAAUGGAGAAAACUCCUCAACCCCACAGCGUCCACUACACCGUCCUGCGUGUCGAAGAUCCCGUCUGUUUAGGGUGACGGAAAAACGAAACGUGUCACUGACGAGUCGCAACGCAUCGCACGUCUUCCAGGCUUUGAUUGAUAUUCUUCCGGUUGUUUAUCAUUCCUUCCCGUCCAAACCACAAGCAAAUACUACACUUGACGUGAAAGAUGGGCGGUGGAUGACGUUACUACUCACGGAUCUUAGGAUUGGAACGAUCGGUGUGAUCGCGCUACGGACUUAUGACUCGUCAGGGCCGUCCACAUCUGGCCUGUUUGAAGCCUGCAGAGACACAAGCUGUGGCUACACAGGACGAACGUUGAAGGAUAGCGUGAUGGAGAUCCCAGCAGGGCUCAGUGUGUGUCCACUGACUGACCUGUGCUCUCUCUCUAAUGGUCUGAAACCUUGCUCACACACCCUCCUUUCAGCCGCUAUUGAAGUGCUUCGAUUAAUCAUUCUUAAGUGUCUCUUCUGCAGAUUCGGUCUGGACACCGAAGGUCAAAAGAGCUCGUCCAUUUUCUUUCGAGAGACGAGUGGAGACAGUUGCGCCCCUAUUCAGCACGGAGCUUCCUGGUUUGGGUGGAAUCACACACAGUAUAACAAUUUAAUUAAAGAAUCAAAGCAUUGGCAGACCUUCAGUCUGAGAGAAUGUACCGUGGUACCAUCCUGCAAAGGAUCUCCAUCCACUGCUCAACAAUAAUAACAAAAUAACAAAAACUAUAAUAAAUAAUAUCUACAAAAGUGAUACAGAAUAAUAAUAACUAUGUAAUUGUGCAUUAUUAACAA